UAGGUAAUCUCUACAAGCCCGGCGGUGAGUUAGAAGUUUACGCGCCCGUAAUCAGCUUUGGAGCCUCGCGCUACCUGCUGAUCGAUGCCGCCGCGCAUGGUGAUGCCAUAAUUUUGUUUGACAUUGACAACGCAUUCGUACAGAGCUUGAUCGAUUCGGAAAUUUUCAUUCGUCUGCCAAAGGAAUGGCGUGAGCAAAACGACGAUGGUAUUCGGAAGCUAGUUCGUGCCCUUUAUGGGUUACCACAAUCCCCGAGGCUGUGGGCAAAGCACUACGAAAAGAAGUUAGUCAGUCUCGGUUGGACACAGUCAACAGAAAAAGGGUUGUGGAGAAAGCUCUCCAAGGCCACAGGCAACAACUUCCAGAGUUACAAGAAGUUCAGUAAGUAUAUGAAGAUGGGAGUUUAUGUAGAUGACAACACCGCAACAGGCCCGGACGAGCACGAGCUUAGGCAUGAAGUCAGUUUGAUUUUGAAAGAGUUUCCUGGCAAGAUCAUUGAGCCCGAACACCAACCAAAUGGCGAUCUUUUGUAUGAUCAGCUCGGUGCAGAUGUCCACUACAACCCGAACAAGUACAAAGUACGUAUUUGCAUGCAGAGUUACAUCCGAACAAAACUAGCUCCGAAGUUUGGCAUGGUUGGUUGUAAGAAAGUUGACAAUCCAUGCUUCACCGAAUCAGCUCUGUACGAUACCGCCUCGCCCGAAGUGAAAUUCCCGUUGCGGGAAGCUGUAGGUGCCCUGCAAUGGUGUGUAACGAUUUGUAGGCCCGACAUCGCGCAGCCCGUUAACUGCCUCGCAAAGGUAGCAAGCAAGCCCUGCACCAAAGCAAUAGUCGCAUGCGUAAAGAAAGUUUUGCGCUAUGUCAUUCACACCGAAGACGUAGGCAUCGACUACUCACCCGAGAACGAACAAAAGUUCAAGCAGGUAUACGGAUCACUUCUGCAAAAGGGAGAAAAGUUGAAAGACUGGAAUCUCUUCACCGACGCAAGUUUUGCAUCUUGUUUUGUAACGUUGAAAAGCACGUCUGGCGCUCUGCUGUACUACAGAGGCGCCCCCAUCGUGUGGAAGACCGCGCGCCAAUCGGUCAGAACGCAUUCCACAUUCGAAGCAGAGUUUGUAGCUGGCUCUGAUGGACUGAUCAUGUCCGAGACAUGCACCUUCAAGGGUUUUCUUGAAGAUCGCGAUGCUAGCGAAGACCUUUGGAUGGACAAUCAGACCGCCAUCACGGUCGCCAAGACGCCAGGCGAUGCACAGCGCCCGCGUAGCCGCCACGUUGCCCUGCGCUACCACAAAGUUGCGGAUGAAUGCGAAAAGAUUAAGUUCUGUCCCACUGAGCACAUGAAAGCUGAUUGCCUCACAAAGAACAACGUGCCUCGUGACGUUCGAGAUCACGUCUUCCACCACAAUCCGCACAUGACGAACAAGAGGAAAGUGAAAGUGUCUGAAGACCCUGAGGAGGUCGACGCUUGUUUCACAGUGGUAGGCGUGCCCGGUCUCUUCUUUUCACUUGAAGACCUUUGGGCUUAGAAAGGAACUUAUAUACGCCGGAGCCCCUUGCGCUUUUUCAUGCCGUAGCCAUCCUGAUCGCUUUUGAAAGAAAAAUUUGUGAUCCACCAUUCUGCUUUGCUUUUUCAUUGCAAGCUUCUGGUGGUGAUUUUGUCGUACAGCUUUUACUUGCUGCGAUUUUCGAAAAACGGCUUGCGCUUGGGGGGGGGAAUGUUGACUAGAGCUUUAUGCACACAGCAUGCAAUGCGUGUUCAAGCUCCCCUGCGUGGUUCCAUCGAUCUUGAUCUUCAGCACAGUAACGAUCCUAACCGUUUAGCUUAGUCGUCUCGUCGUC